AAUAAUGACACAUCUUUUCCAAGAACUUCCUCUGCGUUCUCUUUCUACGAAGUGCUUGGAAUUUCAUGGUUUUCAUAAGACRAAGCGUCGCCCUAUUGUACAUUAUUACAAGCAUCAAUCUAUCUAUCAAGGUCUCUCUUUCUCUUGCUCACAGUGAUGACAAAAGAUACUGCRCAUUAAAACCAGAUCAUAAUACUAAUAUGAAAUCAAGUGGCUGUAGAAUGGGAAAUAACUUAAGCUCUGAAAAAGACUCAGAAUCUUCCUCACCUGAAUCAAGUAAAAUUUCUGCAGAGGAAAGGUUGAAACAAUAUGGCUAUCAAUUUAUUAAAUAUGAAAAUGAAACAAGGAUGAUGAGUAUUGACGAUGAUAAGAAAGCAUUUGAAUUUGAUGUUCAUUAUGGAAACAGGGAAUUAAACCAAAUGAGAUAUGAGGAGAUUGGAGAGAUUAUCACAGAACUCGUUUAUGAAAGUCUUGAAAAAGAUCUAAAACUUGAAAAAGUUACCAUUCCAGUAAAUGCAAAAGCAAAGGAAGCCAAAGGGUUUUUCUUCAAGAGCUCAAAUGCCCUUGAUGAUGAGAAAAUUCUCAUUUUAAUUCAUGGCAGUGGUGUUGUACGUGCUGGUCAGUGGGCAAGAAGUUUAAUCAUCAAUCACAGCUGGGAAUCAGGGACUAUGGAGCCAUACAUCAAACAAGCACAAAAGGAAGGGUUUGGUAUCAUAGUAACCAAUGGAAAUCACAAUUUUGUCCCUGGUAAAGGCAAAAUUAAGGGGAGUGAAACUCCUCAGGAUCACUGUGUAUACGUCUGGAAGCACUUCAUCAACAGUGCAAAAGCCAAAGACAUAGCAGUUGUUGCACACAGUUUUGGAGGAGUGGUUGUUCAACAGUUGGUGAGGAAUGUUCCCGAGAGUAUGAAACGCAUCAAAGUUGUUGCAUUUACUGAUUCUGUUCAUCACUUGGGGUAUAACGAGAAAAAUGACAUCAAACAAUGGUUUAGAAAGACAACAAGAAACUGGGUUUCUUCAGCGAAGCCACUAGAUGAACCCAUGACAUCUUAUUUUSAAGGCAGCGACUGUGGAGUGGUUUCUGCAGGUACAUAUGAACACGUUUGGACUUCCCAUUACGCAAAAGAYUCCGUUUUUAAAUUCAUUCAUGAGAAACUAGGCCUAACAAAGCAAUGUGAAGAAGCAAGCGAUUCAAAACACACGCCAACAGUUGUAGAUGAUGAAGUCGAGGCAAAGAAGUCAAAAGUGGGAAGUGGUUCUGAAGAAGCAAUCGCAGGCAAGACUGAAGAUGUGGGAGGUACCCAGGCGAGUGGGGAUUUGCAAAAUACUCCUGACAAAGAUGAAAAAAAUAAUUUACAAGAUGAAAGCAUGGCAGACGCUGGCGACAAAUCAUUGGAUGAUCUAAAUAGCAAAGACGAAAGCACGGUCGAAGCUAGUGGGGAAUCAUCAAAUGAUCUUCAUAACAAAGACGAAAGCACGGUAAAAGCUGGCGGCGAAUCAUCGAAUGAUCUACAUUGCAGAGACGAAAGCAUUGUAGAAGGUGGCGGCGAAUCAUCAAAUGAUCUACAUAGCAAAGACGAAAGCACGGCAAAAGUUAGUGGCGAAUCAUCGAAUGAUCUACAUAAAAAAGACGAAAGCACGGUAGAAGCUAGUGGCGAACCGUCUAAUGAUCUCUCAGUCAAAGGUAAAACCGAUAGCACUAUAAAAGAAAAAGCGUCAGUUCAACCAGAAAGUGACGCAGACAAGACGGAAGUCGACAGCUCAACAAAGAAAGAUUCCAAUAGUGGACAAAGCGAAAAUACAACAGAUCGGCAGUCUGGGGAAGGAGAAGAAACUGAGGGAACUACAGAACGACAAAAGACUUAUGUGUGAUAGAACUUAGAGAUAAUCAAUGAUGRUGUAGUAGAUAUGAAUAUGAGGACCGCAUGGCACUAUGAUCAACACGAUAUAGAAAUGAUAGAAAGCUAUAGUGCUAUUAUGGUGUAGUAGGAUUUUUAAGAAGAAAAAAAUGGAUAGAUAGAUAGAUUUGUUUAUUUCCACUUCUUGCAGUAUAAGCAUGACUGAAUUACAAGUGGGCCGUUAAGAAAGGAAACGACUUAACAGAUUUUACAAACAAGAACAAUAAGUUUCUUUGAUACUAAUUUAUUAGAAAAUGAGUGUUUGACCAUAAAUAGGUUAUGAGAAUUACACGUGUUUACCACACCUAUGUGAAUGCGCGAUGAUUGGCUGAUUAGAGUUUGUCAAUUAUAUUUUAGGGAACUUCAGAAUCGACAACAAGCAAGAGAUUCAAUACGAGUUUUCAAACCAGCUUUUAUUGUGUUGUUAGUCAUACUGGAUUUCAAACCGCUUCGUGUUUUUAUUUCUUCGAUGUUUCAAUCUUUUCACAGGAAUGCAAUUUAUGUUUAGUAGCAAGCUUAAGGCCAAUUUUAAAAGUCGUACUCGUAGUCAAUCUCGUACUCGUUGUCAAUUCUGAAGUUCCUUAAUAUGGAGACAGACACACCCGGCUGUGAUAAUAAUUUUUAGGCUGAAGUUUGACGAUUUUUUGUUCUAUGUCCUCUUGUUUACAAACUCUUCGCUGCGCUGGUGGAUCCACUUGAGUUUUAAACAUUUAUUGAGUAUCAAUAAGAAAGCACACAAGUCAAAACCGUGCGCAAUUUAUUAAAUAGACUCUGUAAAUAAUAGAAUUGAAUUUAUUGACACCAAUUUCAUUAUCUAGA